CAGUCUGUAUUUUACAGAAGUAGAAAAUUGCUUGUGCUUUGAAAUAUUGUUGAAGUGAAAGUAAUUGAUAACAAAAACCUUUUUACAGUAAAAGUAAAUGAAGUAUAUCAAGUUUAUUUAAACCAAUUAUCAUCGGUGUUUUGGUGAAGAAACACAAAUGAAAAAUGGCUCAAAGUUCUCACGGAGGCAGCCAUCGGCGCAGCCGCGAUCCCGAAGGCUCCAUGCGGUACACAAAUACAGAUUGGGAAGCGAAAGAGGCACUCUACCAACGAGAAUUAGACGAGGCUCGAGCCAGAGCCUCUCAAAUGGAGAAGACUAUGCGCUGGUGGUCAGAUUGUACAGCAAACUGGCGGGAGAAGUGGUCUAAAGUACGAAACGAACGUAACAAAUCCAGAGAAGAAGCGAAACAAUUGAAAAACAAAGUCGACAUACUUACAAAAGAAUUAACAACUUUGAGAAGUGAAAAUCAUGAUUUGGAACAAAAUUUAACAGAACUCAAAAGAGAUAAUGAGAAGCUUCUAAGUAUUGGAGAAAGCAGAAUAGUAUCUGGAGAUCUUACGACUGAUGAUGGAGUAGAAUUACGAAGAAAAAAUGUAGGAUAUGUUUCUCCAAACGAACCGUCUGUAAGACAAAGAGCUUCAUUAGAUUCUCACAAAUUUUCCAACAUGGAUAAUGUUCUCGCGAAUAAAUUGAGCGAAAUGAGACUACGAUUAGACGAUACGUUUAAAAAUCUACAAACAGAAAAGGAUCAAAAAGCAUUUUUACUAGCUAAAAUAGAAACUUUGACUGCUGAAUUGCAUAAUGCAAAAAUGGAAUUAACACAUAGUGAUAGAACUCUAGGUUCUACAGACUCUAGUCACAGUGAGGUUGAGAGAUUACAAAACGAAUUGCAAGAUGAGAUUGCAGCUAAACAAGUACUGGAAGAGAAGAUGGCGGAGCUUAAAAUGGAAAUAGAAAGAUUGAAAUCAGAGAAUAACAUACAAUGGAGUAAAAGGGAACUUUUAGAAACUGAGAAUAUAGCUAUUUUGCGUGAAAAUAAGAAAUUGUACAGUCAAGUAUGUGAAUUAAGGGAGCAAAUACAUAAAUUGAAUAGAAUAUCAGAUGGCAGCGCUUAUGGUAUAACGGGUGACCAUUCAAGAGUCAGUUCAAAUGUUCUAUAUGUAAGGAAAACAAGCAUAAGUCCCAGAUCACAUGAAUCCAGUAAUGGUUCCUCGGAAGCGAAUCUCGCACAAUUCGACACAAAAACAAAUACAUCUGGUGAAGAGGAUGAGUUAGCGAUAGUUGAGAGAGGUGAAAAUUGUUAAAAAAUAAUAUAUAAAU